AUGCGUGUCAAUUCGGGAGGGGCUGGUAAUUGUGGUGGAGAUGGUUCUCUUGGAAACUCCACACGUAAUGAGAAGCAAAUUUCUUCGGAGAAUCAGCAUGAUUACCCACUGGCCGAUCCGAUAUUUGUUACAAAUCGAUACGGACGGGAAGAUCUUUUAGCACUUCAGCCAAAAGAUAGUCGUCCUCCAGAUGGACUUGAUGCAUGUUGUUUUUUCAUUCCUAUAACUCAGCAGCCUAUUGUUCUUCAAGCGCACUCCGAAAUUGAGGAACGUCUUCAGUUUAACAUCAAUUCAAGUAAAGCGAUGAAUGCACUUAAUCACACGGAACGGCUGGUAAUUGGAUCUGGUGGUAGUACAAUAGCGCAGUACGGAAAUAUCGGCCAUUCUGGUGGGGGAGGUCAGCAGUUUCAAUCUACUUAUAUGGUCGCAGGUGGUGGAUCCGGAUUUGGUCGAGGAACCGUGCAGUCAAAUCGUAGCGCUUCUUUUCGAGGCGGUCGAGGGGGAGUGCAAUCGCACAGUAUACCAGGAAAUCAUGGAGCGUCUGGCUUGCUUGAUUCGCCCAUAUUAAAUAGAUACGUGCCAUCUCGUAGUCGAGGAGGUAUGGUAUCUGGACGUGGUGGAGGCAUUGUGGGUUCGUUGCCACUUAAUUCACGUGCUCAGGGUCUCUAUGAUCCUCGUGAUCCGAACGAUCGCCCAAGAAAAUCUCAUCGGAGUAUUUCGGAGGAUAGCCCGCCAGUUCCUAAUGUUAACACCACUUUUAAUUCAAACGUCACCUCAGGAACUAGUCCAACAUCAAUGCUGAUACAAAAUGCGAAUAGCGAUGAGUGGGUGCGUGUGGGACAUCCUGGUGUUUCUUGGGGUAAACGAAGUUUGUGUGGUGCUGUACACCAGAAAUCAAGUUCGAGCGCAAUAUCAGGAAGUACCGUCCCAGAAUGGAUGGGUGAUGCAUCUGAAAGAGGUGGUGCGUUAGUCAGUGAUACUGGAUCAUUCGAUGAUGGGCAGUUCAAAAUAAAUCCAGUAGCUAAAGUGGCUCCAAAUGUUAUCGGUGCAGGUGGCAAUGAUGACUCUGUCGAGCGGCAAAAGGUGCAUGGAAUGGACUCCACUGGGUCUUCAGUUGUUGUUUUAGCUGAUGCAUGGACUAAUUCGAAUGAAAAAGCAGAUUCUCAUAGUUCGGCUGUUUUGCAUUAUCAGGAACCUCCUGAAAUCACUACAUUGUUAACUGCGGAAACCAAGGCGCCAGUCGUCUCAUCCAAACCGAGCAAUAUCUAUCAGUCAAAGAAUAGUAAUAUUGGAACGAUUAUGCAUCAUCCUUUGGCACAGUCUGUUUCAGUUACAAGUUCGUUGUCUAAUAGUGAGGAUGUUUGGUUCUAUGUCGAUCCAAAAAAUGCAAUUCAAGGACCAUUUGCUACUUCACAUAUGCAGGGAUGGUAUGAUAUGGGUUAUUUCCCCAAGAAUUUACAUAUACGGUACGGUCGUGAUCCUGAGAAACGUUUUGUUACACUUGACGAUUUAAUAUGUUGGAAUGGUGCGGUGACACCAUUCAAAGAUUAUGGAUUAGUUCCUACUGUGGCUGAAGUUGUACAAAUGCCUAUGCAACCUCCUCAGUUGAAUCAUACACUGUGGACCGAUGCUUCUUUUAUCGACAAAGUACAGGAAGAACGACAGAGAUUGGCGGAAAAAGAACGAAAAUUGAGGGAACAAGAAGAAGCUAUGGCAAAAAAAGAAGAAGAGAGACAGAAAAAAUGGCAGCAAGAAAUUCGGGAAAAAGAACUGCUGUUUCAAAAACAACAGGAGGAGCUUCGUCGCAUGGCUGCUGAAGAAGAGGAAAAAGCUGCAGCACGAGAAAGAGAAAUUGAAAAUGAGCGAAGACGAAUGACUGAAGAAAUUGAAAGAGCAAAAAAAGAAAAAGUUGAAAGAUUAUUGGAUGAAAUGCGAAAGGAGGAAGCUGAGCGUCGGAGAUUGGUUGAAGAUGAGCAUAAAAAAGCAGAGAAAGAGAGAAUGACAUUGCAAAUCGAUGCAGAAAGAAAAAAAGCUGAAGAAAGGGAAGCAAAAAAGAAACCAGAAAAAGAAAGUAGUAAACAAUUCGAACAAAAGAAGUUAUACGAUCAGACUGUUUUUACUGUGACAGAAUCACACGCUCCUGUUAGUAUACCUGAAAAUCUAUGUGAACAUUCAUCACAAAUUAAAACACAGACAACGUAUCGAGUUAUCGAUAAUAAGCCAGUUUUGACGAAAGUGGCUCCUUGGUUGCGCAUGAAUAGCGAUAGUCAGCAUUUGCAUGAGCGGUGCGAACAAAGUUUGCUAGAAAUUCAACGAGAGGAAGAACUUCAAGCGAUGGCAGAAAGCGAAAAAAGACGUCAGCAAUUGGAUGCGAAUCGGAAGGAGAAUGCAGGAGUUGCACACAGUGUGUGGGCUUCUGCUUCUCAAAAAUUAACGUGGAAUCGGCCUCUUAAAGCAGUAUCGCAAGUGCAUCAAAGUGCGUGGGGUGCAGCUGGUGCUAACUUUAAUUCAAAUAUUACGGUAAAUCCGCUUUGGAAUACAUUAGAAAUGGAUAAAAAACUGAAGACAAACAAUUGCUUCCCGAAAAAUGCUCAUAUUACCAAAUCUAAGGGUGAUUGCAAUGCACAUCAAGAGGCAGUGAAAAAGCUUUUUAAAGAUUCAUUAAGUAUAAACAAUUGUCCAUUCACGAGCUGGAUUAUCCAGCGAGUUAACCAGCUUAAUUCUUCUGUAGAUGCAGAUGUUUUUGCUUCGUUUAUCCAAGAUGUCGAUAAUCCCGACGAUGUUGCGGAUUAUAUCGACACAUAUUUGGGUGAAGGUCGUGAAGCAAAAGAAUUUCUGCGGGAAUUUCUCGAUCGAAGAUCUCAGACUCGUUUAAAGAAAUAUACAACAGAAAAAGACAAUACGGAUGGUAAAAUAGAAUCUCCUAAUAAUACGCAAAUUAUCCUGGGUCAUUUGACGCUUUGUGUAGUCGAAGUUGAGUCAAAGUUGAGCUCUCGAAAAUUCGCAACAGAUUUUUUCUGGAGUAACAUAUUUGCGGUCCUUUGGAACUAUGUCAAGAUGUUCGUAAUCCAGUUGUAA